AUGUUCAGUUCACAUCGCAUUACCUGCCUUCGGGCUUUUCUUCUGGCUUUUGCGCUUGGGCCUGUCAAUGCUGCAUCAAUUGACCACAGCGACCUUGUUAUACAUGAUGAUGGAGGCCCCGCGGUUUGGCCCACUCCGCAAGAAAUCACGUUCACGGGCGGAAAGGUAUCGCUCACGGGUAAUGUCACAAUCGUGACGGACAAUUUCAAGGACUCCGCUACGAUCUCUACGGUCAAGGGAGUUGUGGCUGCUGCCGGUGGUGAUGCUGUUCUUGCCUCCAAGCCCAGCAGUAAGGGUACACAGAUUUUUGUUGGCACAGAGGCGGAAGCCGGAGUCGCUGUCGCUGCUGCCAAGGCUCUUGCUGGAGAUUCCGCGAAUGGCCUCGACGCUGACGGCUAUGUUCUUGCAUCUGGCAAGUAUGAGCAACAGCCAAGCAUUGUAAUAAAUGGUGUAGACACCCGCGGCACAUUCUAUGCGGCACAGACUCUUCGUCAACUUCUCGCCGAUGACCAUAUUCCCGGUGUCAAGGUGCGCGACUGGCCGCUCAUGUCUAUCCGUGGCUCGAUCGAGGGUUUCUACGGUGUCCCCUGGUCCCAUGAGGCGCGUCUCGACCAGUUUGAAUUCCACGGAAAGCAUAAAAUGAACACCUAUGUCUACACGCCCAAGUAUGAUCCACUUCUCCGCGCCAAAUGGCGUACUCUUUACAGCGGCGACGAGCUUACCCAGCUCAAGGAACUUGUCCAGACUGCAAAUAUCAAUCAUGUCGACUUCACCUAUGCUCUAUCGCCCGGCCUAGACGUAUGUUACUCAUCUGACGAGGACUUCAACGCUACUGUCACCAAGUUUAACCAGCUGCGUGACUUUGGUAUCAGCAGCUUCUACAUCCCUCUCGAUGAUAUCGCCCUUGAGUUCCAUUGCGAUGCGGACAAGAAGAAGUGGCCGGAAACCGAGAAUGAUGAAUGGGUUGCCGACGCCCAGGCAUUCUAUCUGAACCGUGUACAGACGCAAUACAUUGAGCCAAACGAUCUUGAAGACCUCGAGACCGUCCCGACCGACUACGCCGGCAGUGCACCUACCCCUUACAAGAAAGAAUUCGGCACCAAGCUGAACAAGAAGAUCCGCGUUCAGUGGACUGGCGAAGGAAUAUUCAGCGACAAUAUCACAGUCGAAAGUAUCGUGAGAGCCCACUCGAGCUACGUCACCGACAACCUUUUCCUAUGGGACAACUUCCCAGUCAACGACAACAACCGUGACCGCCUAUUCCUCAACCCGCUCACAAAGCGUGCCGCCGAAUUAUACAAGCGUCUGGUUGGCUUCACCUCGAACCCGAUGAACCAACCAUACGCCUCUAUGAUCGCACUCGCCAACUAUGGAGACUAUACGUGGAACGCGCCAUCGUACAACGCCACCAAGUCUAUGAAUGCAAGCCUAUGGGAGCUUUCAGGGAGUGACACAACCGUUCACAACUCACUUAUCACAUUCACAGACCUCAACCAGAACUGGCCAUAUCAAAGUCCUGAGGUCAAUGCGCCCAAGCUUACCAAGGACAUUACAGCUUUCUGGGCCGGUCGCAGAACCGGUUCCAGUGACGGAACCGAGGCGUUGAAAGAUCGCCUCGCACUCAUCAUCAGCAUCCCCGAUGUUCUCCCCAAAAUGGCCACGAAGGCCUUUGCCACGGACGUGGCACCCUGGACGACUGUCGCUAAGCAGUGGGCAACUGCUUGCAAGCACUUGAUUGCUAUGCUCGAGGCGAUCGAUGACAAAGAUCAUUGUACAGCAGAUGCCGAGUUCAAGUCUGCCAAGAAGUGGGUUGAGAAGACGAAGGCUAAGACUGUCGAUGACCGUAAUGCCGACGGUGAGGACCUUCCUAAGUCGAUCGUCCCGACUACCGGUGACGGGGCGUUUGACAAGUUCCUCACUGAUGCCACGGCUAUCUACAAUGCUAGUAGAUGCCGAUAA